AUGACAUCCUUUGCAAUGGGUCUGCGAAGGCACGCUCACACCCUGCCGGGCGGAAAGCUUCAGGUAUUCACCGAAAAACAGCAAAUAACAGACUCGCAGAAAGUAACACAAAGACCGAGUACGGCGGAAAACUACCAUACCUUAAGGAAUGGGAUGCGGUCGAUGGUGGCGUUUACGAGGGCGAUGUUGCGAACCGGCUUACCCUUGAAGUCCAUGCCUUCUGUAACCUAAAGGGACGGGAAGUGCACAACGACGCCGACUGAAGUUCACCACCUCUUGCAGUGGCGCGGUUAGUUGUUGGAGUUUGUUGCGCUGUGCUGCAAUUGGAUUUCGUCGAAGGCCUAAGAACUUCAGGACGUAAUAUUCCACUAUUUGCUGGAUAUAUGUAACCAACAAACUCUAAGGUAUUGCUACAGAUACCCCACUGCAUCGGCCUUAGUUGUGGCCCUCGUCUCCUUUGCCUUUGAGACCUCGCCGGUGCCGGUGACAGGCGCAACAGCCGUGCAACGCUAAUUUGAAGACAGCUUUGUGGGAGAAAUAACACGCUCGUAAACUCAAAAGCGCUGUGGACUGCUUGCCUCGGAAGCCUGGAGCCGUGGUACUGUGAGCGUUCGAGUCUGGGCGUCCCACGAAAGCCCUUUGUCGGAUGUCAGCAGCCCUCCACCACCGAACAAGGCCACCCCGCCGGCUUGGUUGGCGCUCGACACCAGAUGCCUCGCUCUGCCGCCCAGAAGUUCCGUGUAUUCAUACCAAGCGUUCGACAAGAGUUGCGCGCGAGUGGGCAUGACACCGCCUCAAUAUCGCUAGUUAGUACUAUUGAGGCAUGUUGGACGGGCUGUGACGGGGUAAUAACUGGCAAAGGCGUCCCACGCAACGAUGGUGCAGCUCCAGCCGAAAGGAACAUGUUUCCAUGUCAAACAGCGCCAUUUUUGUUUUUUUUUGUCUUCACUUCAAAUCAGCGCUCACAGCACUAGUGCCGUUUACUCCAACCCGUGGUCACACAGAAGAGCCCCUCUCUACCCUCCCCUUCUGCGGUACUUUGCCUUCGAUUUUUAAUGCGAGAAGAGUUCAGCACUCUGUUCCCUCUGUGUACACACGAACUAGCGCUAUCCACUAGGCCAGGAGCGGAAGCGAGAGAAAAACUCACUUUGCAAGAAAAGCUCGCUUACGCCGGGAUUCGAACCCCUGACCUGACCUCUAGAAGCUUUCGAGGAUACCAACUAGACCACCGGGGCGACCCAUUGCAUGAAGAACACA